UGUGGUGUCGGCUGUUUUGGGGAGUCUCUGAGGCGGAGUUAUUUGCGUUAGAUGGGACCUUUGUUUUAUUUAUCUUCACUUUAUUUCAGGCAAACGUUGAUUUGGCCUUUAGAAUUACGUGGGAUGGAGGAGAAUCUAGAGAAUUGUUGAGGAAUGGUGUUGCCACGUUUGUGCCGCUUCUCUGCGUGCUGAAGGGAUUGAUGUUGCCGGAAAAUUUGAGGAUACUUGGUGUUUGGUAGCAAGAAAUACAAGACUAUGUUCUGGUUAUUAAUGAAACUACUGGAAAGAGGCUAGCUUUACAGCCGAGAGGGAAGGCACUGGCUGGAUCUUGUGAUGUUUUCUUACUCCGAGAGAAUUAGUAUUUGGUUCGUUCUCUGCCCGCUCUGCUCCGGGCAGGACCCACUUGUCCCUUCCCCUCGGAUCAGCGGUCUGCGGGGAUUGAUUUUUUUUUUUUUCUUUCUUUCUUUUUAAACUGUGGGGAGCACGUCACUUUUUGAUAACCCAAACUGUAGUCAGCUGGCGAGAUUUAAGAAGAUUACUUUCUUCGUCUUUCCUUAACCAGUUUGCUUAACUUCGUGCUGAGUUUGGGUUUGCAGUAAUUAUCUGCAGGAUUCGCCAUGACCCCAGCUCUGAGGGAGGCAGCAACAAAGGGUAUCUGCUUUUCAUCUUUACCAAGUACCAUGGAGUCAGACAAGAUGCUAUGCAUGGAAGGUCCAAGAACUGUAGAUGAAAAGCUAAAAGGAGACACUUUCUCUCAGAUGCUGGGAUUUCCAACUUCUGAACCUACUCUUAGCACUAAUUUUGUGAAUUUAAAACAUUUUGGCUCCUCUCAGUCUUCAAAACAUUACCAGACUGUUCUUUUAAUGAGUUCUAAUGCUACAUUAAAUAAAUACAGUGAGAAUUAUAAACAAAAGAAAUUAGGGGAACCCCACUGCAAUAAGCUGAAAAACAUACUGUGUAAUGGCAGCAACAUUCAGCUCAGUAAAAUCUGUCAUUCUCGUUCUGAAGAGUUCAUCAAAAAGGAACCUCUGUCAGAUACCACGAGUCAGUGCAUGACAGAUGUACAAAUUAUUCUGGAUUCAAAUAUAACCAAAGACACUAAUGUAGAUAAAGGACAACUGAAAAACUGUAAGUGGUACCAAAAGAAUGCACUUUUGGAUAAAGAUAGUGACGCUGAGAUUAAAAAGGGUUUAUUGCACUGUGCUCAAAACAAAAUUGGGCCUGACCACUCACACGUGCCUAUUAGUUUCUCAACUGCUGAAAAAGAGGAGGAAGUGAGUGCUCGUUUACUUCACUGUGUAAGCAAACAGAAAAUUUUACUUAGCCAGGCUAGAAGAACUCAGAAACAUUUGCAGAUGCUCCUGGCAAAACAUGUUGUUAAGCACUAUGGUCAGCAAAUGAAAUUUUCUAUGGAACAUCAACUCCCCAAAAUGAAGAUUUUUCAUGAACCUACCACAAUUUUGGAUAACAGUUUACCUAAAUGCACUGAAAUUAAACCAGACACCAACUUAUUGACUGCAGAGAAUAAAUUGUGGAAUGAUACAAAAAAUGGCUUUGCACAGUGUACAGCUGCAGAAAUCCAAAGAUUUGCACUGUCUGCUACAGGGCUGUUGUCUCAUGUUGAAGAGGGUCUGGAUUCUGAUGCAACUGAUAGCAGCUCUGAUGACGAUUUGGAUGAAUAUACCAUUAGAAAAAAUGUGUCCGUUAACUGUAGUACUGAAUGGAAGUGGCUUGUAGACAGAGCAAGAGUUGGCAGCCGUUGGACGUGGCUUCAAGCCCAGAUUUCAGAGCUCGAAUACAAAAUCCAACAACUAACGGAUGUUCACAGGCAGAUUCGUGCCUCCAAGGGGAUAGUGAUCCUAGAAGAAUGUCGACUUCCAAAAGACAUUUUGAAAAAGCAAAUCCAAUUCACAGACCAAGCUGCUUCAUUAAACACUACAGGGAAUCCCCAGAUUCCUCAGGAGAGUCAAGAUCCUUUACCAGAGCAAGAUUUUGAAAUGUCACCAAGUAGCCCUACACUACUUCUUCGCAAUAUAGAAAAACAGAGUGCACAGUUGACUGAGAUCAUCAGCAGUUUGAUUGCCCCUCUCAACUUGUCCCCAACGUCAUCACCCCUCUCCUCUAAAUCCUGUAGCCGAAAAUGUCUGCCUAAUGGCAUUUCCAGGAGUGCUUCAGAGAAUUUAGAUGAGCUCUCUUCCUCCAGUAGCUGGUUACUUAACCAGAAGCACAGUAAGAAAAGGAGAAAAGACAGGACAAGAUUGAAAUCUCCAUCCUUGACUAUCAUGAGUACAGCAGCUCGAACAAGGCCACUUCAGAGUUUCCACAAACGAAAACUCUACAGAUUGAGCCCUACUUUUUACUGGACUCCGCAGACUUUGCCUUCAAAAGAAACAAGGUUUUUAAAUACUACACAAAUGCCUUGCCUGCAAUCAUCUUCAAUUUGGAGUAGCUGUGAACACAAUUCAAAGUCUCAAAUAUUAACAGAACAUGUAUCAGAGUUAGAUUCUUCUUUCCAUUCCGUUCUAUCAUUGCCAUCAGAUGUGCCUCUUCAUUUUCACUUUGAAACAUUGUUUAAAAAGACUGAAAUAAAAGGAGAUCUUUCUGAAAAUAAAUUUGUAGGAGACUGUAUCAUAUCUCCAUCACCUGUACAUAAUACUUCUCUGAAUCAAUGGAGAAAUGGAUAUUCUCCUAUAUGCAAGCCUCAAAUGAGGUCAGAAUCUUCUGCACAGCUGUUACAGGGCAGAAAGAAAAGACACUUGAGUGAAACAGCAUUAGGAGAAAGGACUAGAUUUGAAGAAUUUGCUAUUCAACGCACAGAACCAGGAUCCCAGAGCAAUUUUACUGCAGUUACUAAUGUCAAUGUUAUAUCAAGAACCCAGAAUUCAUCAUCACAAAAUACUGCACGACGACGAUUGCGAAGUGAGAGCUCUUAUGAUAUAGAUAAUAUUGUGAUUCCCAUGUCAUUAGUGGCCCCAGCUAAAUUAGAGAAACUCCAAUAUAAGGAAAUAGUUACUCCAAGCUGGAGGAUGGUUGUUCUUCAGCCUCUGGAUGAAUAUAAUUUGGGUGAAGAAGAGGUAGAAGACCUCUCUGAUGCAGUCUUCUCCCUAAGACACAAAAAAUAUGAAGAGAAAGAGCAAACCCGAUGGUCACUAUGGGAGCAAAGCAAGUGGCAGAGAAGAAACAGCAGAGCUUACAGUAAAAAUGCAGAAGGACAGGACUUGCCUCUGAAAGAACACCCUAACGACCUCAGCGGUGGGCAGCACGGCGCUGCUCAGAGUCCCGCCGAGCCUCCUGCAGAGAGCCAGGACCCCGGUGCACACGCCUCCCCUUCAGUCAGUCAGAGUCAAGAGAUCAAGUCUUUGUGGUGGGAACGACGGGCUUUUCCGCUGAAAGAUGAAGACAUAGCAGCCUUAUUAUGCCAAGAUGAAAAAAGUGAUCAGAUUGAAAGAUCAAGCCCAGCUUUCCAUGGUGAAGUCUUCUGUACCAGUGCACCAGAGAACGGCCACCAUCCACAAAGGCAGGCGGAUGGAAGGGAGGAACACAAAACCCUUGGUCUAGGACUUCUCAACUCACGUUAAGAAAAAUCAGUGACAGGGAACAGGUUAAGAAAACUAUGUAACUGAAUGGGAAAACAGGAGAAAAAAUAAGCCCUGUUCCCCCACCCCCUCCACAGUCACAAUUCCAGAGUAACAGCAUGUAGUGCAGGUGCAUGUAUUAAUCUUUUGUGCUAUUUAUGAAACAGGCAAGUUAGUUACGUCUCAUUUUCCUUCCUGAACCACAGGAGUAACUAGCUUUUCACCUACAGACAAGUGCUAGUCAUUUGUGUUUGAUGCAGAUCACAAGCACCAGAAAAUUAACUGCUGCAAUUUGAUGUCAAAUCACAUUACUGGGUAAAUAAUAAUUUUUAAACAACUUAUACCCACACCCACAUAUACCUAUGCAUCAAAUGACAGCUCUUCUUUUUCUAUACACGUGGUUAUUCUUUAAAUUGCCUCAGAAAUAUAUUAAGAAUAUAAAAUACAUGUGUAUAGAGUAUACAUGCAUACAUAUACACACAUAUAGUUUUAAAAAACACUGGCAAGUGACCACUCCACUUGAAAAUGCACGUAUGAACUACCCCAUGAAAUAUCAGCUGAACCAUAAAUAAAGAAACACAGAUUUCCAAUGGUGUUGAACAUCUAUAAGCCUUGACUAUGGAGAAGGAAUUUUUUUUAAAAAACACGUUUAACCAAUAGAAGUUAUUUAUGGAAAUUUCUAUACCAGAUAGCACAAUACUCCUUUAUUUGAAAUCACUGAUACCUGUUGGGUUAAACACGCGUUAUUUUCUAUUCACUCCUAACAGAAUAAGAAAAGCAAAGUAGUUGUUAAAUAUUGUUGUAUUUUAAAACUACCACACCUUUUAAAACUCAACUUGAGUUUUAUCUAUUUUAUGUAUCUCAUGAAGAGAAAACACCCAACUUACAAUAAGCAACAGACAGGAAAUUCCUGUUAGUAUAUUAUUGUACUUUUAGUUAUUUUGGUCAUUCCCUACCAUUCCUUACUCUAUUCAAAUAAGCAUCUAUCCUAGAGUGAGAAUUAAAAUUCUUAAAAGGUUAAUGCUUCAAUAUUGGACACUGGAGUGUACAUUAAGUAAAAUUCCUUUUGACACUAUUACAUCAUUUUUUAUAUGUAAGAUGAGGACAAUUUAUAUGAAUCACUUUUUCUCAUGUAAAAAAGGUUAUUCAAGUUGUAGUACCCAUAUAACUGACAAUCCUAGCCAGCUGGCCUAAUCUGGGGGAUCGGACACUAAGUUUUUGUUGGGGAUUAGAAAUUGUACUAGUCCCUUUAAAGAAGAAGAAAAAAAUUUCCAAUUCAAUGCUGACAAAUUUUUGCUUGUAGUUUUACUAUACAUUUAUAUUUUAAAAAAGAAAACAAAAGCCAGAACAAACCCAAGUUGUCCAGGCAAAUAAACUCAGAUUUUUUUUGUCAUGACAUAUUAUAAUCUUCUAUGUAAGUUUUUUUAAUUAAAGUUAUUUCUGUAUGCCUUGUGUUGUCUGAUUUGAUUAAAUGUCACCUAUCUGUGUGGCACAAGCCUUUCCUAAGCCAAAAUAAAGAAAAAAACAGUAAGAAAUAAAUUUUUACCUUGUAACACAGAAGAAACCAGGCAAGCUCUAUUCUAUGCUUAGUGUUAACAUUCUUAUUUUCCAAACCUUUUUAAUUUCUUGCCAUGUGUAUUACACAGCAAGAGUAUUUACAAGAACAAAGUAGCUAAUAUGUAUCUAUUGUCAAAGUGUAAUUUGGGACACAAUCAUAAAUAUUUAGUUUACGGAUUAACUCUGUACCUUGCCAUAUGUUAGCCUACCUGGUCUUUCUUGGAUUAAUAAAAUAUAUAUCCUUGGAGUCAAAAUCCAUAGUUGCAGAAUAUUCUCAGCCAUCUGGUUUUGCUACAGGGUAAAGCUAGACUGGAAAUAAGAGAACGUUAAGUAAAAGAAGCUUCCUUUGCUUAAUCCACCUCCCAAGGGCUCCAUCUGUAAAAAGAGUACAGACAAGAAAUCCUAUUCUUUACUGGAUCCUUUCCAUGGUACCAGCCUGUUGAGCUUUAUUUAGUAUCUUCAUUUUUUAAAUGGGGACAAACAUACCUGUCUUACCAUUCAUAGGACUGAUUUGUAGGUUUAAUGAGAUUAUAUCAUCAACGUACGUUAUAAUCUACAAAGCAUACAUUUACAUAAUGACAGCUACUUUGUACUGAGCAUCCUCAAAUUCUACUACCCUACAAUUCUAGGAAUAGUAGUGGAAGCUUUACGUAUAUAAUUAAUAGUAUCUCUUAAUCCUCAACACAACCCCCCACUGUUGUUAUGAUUACAUUUAAUAUAUAAAUCAGUUAAUAAUCAGCUCAAAGAGGUUGGUUGGAUUGGUUUGCUAAGGUCAAACAAAUAGAAAGGGGAAGAGAGUCAGGA